AGGGCCCAGCCUAGGGUGCAGAGGGGACGCUGGCCCAGCCGAAAGCCCGGCGUUGCACAUACCGGCUUUGGCAACCUCCGUCCCAGUCCUGUUAACCCCCGAAUGAACGAACGUACCUGGCGCGCGGGCCUCCUCUAAUCCUCGCGUGGCCGACCACCGCCAAACCCCCGACGUCACCCACAGGAAAGGGGCGGGGCCUCGGGGCCGGGCCUCCAGGCGGGUUUCCUGCAGCUGCGGGCGGUGGGCUCGGGCCGGGUGACGGAUGCUGAGUGGACAGCUGGUCAGGCGCCUGUUCUCCAUGGCCGGCCGCGUCUGUCUGUCCCGCAGCAGCGCGGGACCCGGGGCCGUAGGUCCCGUCGAAGCCGUCAUCCGCACGAAGUUGGAGCAGGCCCUGAACCCGGAAGUACUGGAACUGCGUAACGAGAGCGGCGGCCACGCGGUCCCACCGGGCAGCGAGACACACUUCCGCGUGGCGGUGGUGAGCUCUCGCUUCGAGGGGCUGAGCCCCCUGCAGCGGCACCGGCUGGUCCACGCUGCUCUGGCCGAGGAGCUCGCCGGGCCCGUCCAUGCGCUGGCCAUACAGGCGCGGACCCCUGCCCAGUGGAGAGAGAACCCUCAGCUGGACGUGAGCCCCCCCUGCCUGGGUGGGAGCAAGAAAACUCGAGGAAUCCCCUGAGCCCCAGAAAGCGAGGGCCGGGAUCUGAAUGGGGUGGGUGAGAGUAAGCUACGGGGGCCUUCUUUCCUUCAGUCCAGUCCAGUAUUUGUAAGGGAGGAGGGUCGCCGGCCCCUCAGACAACCCGCCCGUACAUUGCCCUCUGGAGGCAGCACCUCCUUUCAGAUCAAAGCUAACCCAAGGAGAGAGCAGAAUCACUCAUGACUGCUUUUGCCCUGGACUCUUCAGGAGAAGCUGCCCGGUCGCUUUAUGUUAAACUGUGACUAAGGAACUACAGAUCUGAUGAGCAGAAAUAAUCCUAUACAUUAAAAGAGAAAGUAUCCUA